AUGGAAACUUGGUUCACGAUUCUUGGUUGGACACUAUCCAUUGUGGCGGCGGCUGGAAAUGGCUCCAUUAUUUUUCUUGUUUGCAGCAAACGACGGCUCCUCACUAAAACCAACGCUUUUAUCAUUUCUCUUGCAGUAGCGGAUCUCGGUGUAGGGGCUAGCGUUUUCCCUUCAGUGUUUUUCUCCGAAAUCGUCAAAACUAGCCACAAUUCGUCUUCAAAAUGUAAGAACAUCAUCAUUCUACGGCUAAUACGAUGGCUGUUCGGCUACGCAUCUGUGACAAGCUUGUGCAGUUUAGUUCUGGAUCGUUACGUGGCGAUUGUUAAGCCUUUAAAGUAUCUAAAUUUUAUGAGCCGAGGUCGUGUUAUCCAAAUGAUUUUUGUUUCCUGGGCAAUCCCUGUAGGAUUUGUCAUAANUUGUCCUACAGCCUAUUUAGCAAUGAUUAUCAUAAAUUGACAUAUAUAUCAAAUGGCAUACCGUAUAUUAUGUUCUAAAGAUAAGGCGCAAACCUUGUUACCAGAAGUUUAUAAGAUAUCCUUACCUUUCUUCCCGAUGAAGGAGUUUAACGUGAGCGUAUAAAGCUUCCAGCUAAAGUUACGUUCAACGAUCACAACAUGGGUUUUUGGAUGAAGAAUCGCCGUUAAGCUGAAGUUGUCUUGUUCUCCUCAAUGGAAACUUGGUUCACGAUUCUUGGUUGGACACUAUCCAUUGUGGCGGCGGCUGGAAAUGGCUCCAUUAUUUUUCUUGUUUGCAGCAAACGACGGCUCCUCACUAAAACCAACGCUUUUAUCAUUUCUCUUGCAGUAGCGGAUCUCGGUGUAGGGGCUAGCGUUUUCCCUUCAGUGUUUUUCUCCGAAAUCGUCAAAACUAGCCACAAUUCGUCUUCAAAAUGUAAGAACAUCAUCAUUCUACGGCUAAUACGAUGGCUGUUCGGCUACGCAUCUGUGACAAGCUUGUGCAGUUUAGUUCUGGAUCGUUACGUGGCGAUUGUUAAGCCUUUAAAGUAUCUAAAUUUUAUGAGCCGAGGUCGUGUUAUCCAAAUGAUUUUUGUUUCCUGGGCAAUCCCUGUAGGAUUUGUCAUAACUUCAUUUUUCUUACCUGCUCCAGUUAAGUGCAAUUUUGUUAACAUAUUUGCGAUGUUUUGGGAGAUUUUUUCAUGCUGCUUUCUAAUAUUCUGCUUUUCCUCUAUGAUAUUUGUCGUAUAUAAACAUGAUAGAUCGUCAGCCACCUUAGCAAAGCAGCUACGGUUCAACCACAGAGAUUUGACAGUCAGCAGUCAGGACAGAUCAGCAGUAACAAUGAUGGCGAUUGUAAUAGGCUUGUUUCUCGUCUGUUAUGGAAUAUAUUUGCGCUGCAGUUUGGUAUCACUUCUUCAUCAUCCCCGUUGUAAUGAUAAAGUCUAUAAAAUACCCGUGUUAGUCCUGAAUUCCGCCAUCAACCCUUGGGUCUAUGCGUUCUUCAAGAGGGACAUAAAGAAGGAGAUGAUUAAGAAAUUGAUUUGCAGAAAAACCUGCAGGGAGAAAUUGCAGAAUCAAUAA